AGCUGUUGUUGUUGUUUUUUCCCAUGGGCUGUUUGUAAUGAAGCAGAUGGAAGGCAAUAUGGCACUUUGCUGGACUUAAAAAACAUACCCGCUUGGUCCUACGUCCACCUUCCCUCGGCUAAAGAGCCCUUGAAGAAUUGAGAAUAUCGGGAUGUGGGGCUGUCAGCUGAGGCAGGUGCUCUGCAGCUUCCACCACCAGCUGAAGAAAGGUUUCAGGAUUCUUCCAGCUUCGACCCAUUGGUAUCACACCGUCCCCACUCCAUCCAACUGUGCCUGGCAGUUAAAAGAUGAUCACCUAGAGCUGAAAUACAAGGAGACUCUGAUGCACUUCGAUUACUUUUGGCUUCGUGACCACUGCCGGUCGCCAUCUUGCUACAACACCAAGACCAACCAACGCAGUCUGGAUACGGCCAGUGUGGAUCUCGCGAUCAAGCCCCAGGCGGUACGAGUCGAUGAGACCACUCUCUUUCUCACCUGGCCAGAUGGCCACGUGACCAAGUAUGGCCUGGAGUGGCUGCUGAUGAACAGCUACGAGGGACAGAAGCAUCAGGUCAUGCAACCCCGGAUCCUGUGGAACGCCGAAAUUUACCAGGAAGCUCAAGUGCCUUCGGUCAACUACCACAGUUUCUUGGAAACCAACGAGGGGCUGAGAGAAUUCCUGCAGAACUUCCUGCUAUACGGCAUUGCAUUCGUGGAAAACGUUCCCCCAACCAAAGAAGACACGGAGAUCAUAGCAGAGAGGAUUAGUUUGAUCAGAGAAACUAUUUACGGCAGGAUGUGGUAUUUCACCUCUGACUUCUCCCGCGGAGACACCGCUUACACCAAACUGGCUUUGGACCGUCAUACAGAUACCACUUACUUUCAGGAACCUUGUGGCAUCCAGUUAUUCCACUGCCUGCGGCAUGAAGGCACGGGGGGCCGGACACUUCUGGUGGAUGGUUUCUAUGCCGCAGAACAAGUGCUCCAGCGAGCCCCAGAGGACUUUGAGCUUCUCACGAAGGUGCCACUGAAGCACGAAUACAUCGAGAACAUGGGAAGCUGCCGCAACCACAUGAUUGGGGUUGGGCCUGUCUUGAAUAUCUACCCCUGGAACAAGGAGCUCUACCUGAUCAGGUACAAUAAUUACGACCGAGCUGUCAUUAACACAGUGCCUCAUGACAUUGUGCACCGUUGGUAUAUUGCACACCGCACACUCACCACUGAGUUACGGAGGCCCGAGAACGAGCUCUGGGUCAAACUGAAACCAGGCAAAGCCCUCUUCGUGGACAAUUGGAGAGUGCUGCAUGGCCGAGAAUCUUUCACGGGAUAUCGCCAGCUCUGUGGUUGCUACCUCACAAGAGAUGAUGUGCUAAACACAGCCCGUUUCCUUGGACUUCAAGCCUAGGGUGGCUUGGACCUCUGGUGGUCAACAGCUGCUGAUUCAAGAAUGGAGAGAAAAAAGUGUAUACCUCACAGACCUGGCCUCCUGUCCCAAGAGAGAGGAGAAGUCCUCUCAGCAUUAUUUGAGGUCCAUCAAACGUUGUCUACCGCCUUUUCUUCAUUCUCCCCAUUCUAAACUCUCUGGUUGGUUCUCCUUGGUUUCCAAAGCCAGCCCAUUGGCUCAACUCAGGACAGAUGGACUUGGCAACCAUGUAAGAGACCUGUUCUGACCUCCAAGGUGCUACCUCUUGUGCCUUUUGCUAUUGAAAGCAGCUCUGUUCUCCCGUUUACUGGACGUCCAUUGUUGAAAACUUGAGUCUCGAAGAACAUUGAGCUAGUUCAUUGGCAAGACAUGUUUCUUGGCGUUCCAGCCUUUUGAGACCUCCAAAGUAGACGGCUACCCAAUGUUUUAAGGUUCUGCUUCUCCGUGUCUCUUCUCUUUCCUGCCGGCUGGUGAUAUUAAGCUUGCCAUGUGAUGGGAGAGUUGCUUCAGAAACCCUUACAGCAGGAGGAAGGAAGAAAACACACAGAUCUGGGGAAGGAAGACAAUAUUAAGUCCUGAUUUCCCAGCACUGUAAAAAAAAAAUGAUAACAAUAUAACUAUAGCACUGUGUUUCCUUCCAGUUUACUCUGUUGUCUGUUCUUCAUCUCGGUCAUCGCUUCAACUUUCUCCAGAAUUUCUUUGCUGUCCAUUCUAUGUUGGGAGGAAGCACAAUCCCAUAAUUUCCUCGCUUUGUUUCUUUCCUCUGAAGGACUUUAUUUUUAGAGACAGCAAGAGGCCAUGAUACCUCUCAGAAGCUGGAAGCCGCCAACCCUAGUUCUGAACUAAAGCUCCAACAAGCAGAGAGAGAGAGAGAGAGAGAGAGAGAAGGCACUUGAUGAUUCCUCUUAGCUAGUUAUGGCAUGUUUCGCUUUGACUGGGCUUCUCGGCCCUGGGCUCUUUUAGGCUCUUCAAGAAGAAAAGCACGUGGGGCCUUUAGCUGAAACUGAGAUGAUUGGGUCAAAGAUCUGACUGCUUCUGCGAUCUGCUCUUAUCCCCAGACCCUUAGGAACGAGCUCCUCGAUUAGGAAUGAAGAGCUCUACCGUGUUUCCCCGAAAAUAAGACCCUGUCUUUAGUGGUGAAAUGUAAAAUUUGUUACUACUGGUUCUGUGGGCGUGGCUUGGUGGGGCGGGGUGUAAUGUGACUGGGUGGGCGUGGCCAACUCUUUUUUUUUUUUUUACUUUUAAAAGCAUUUUUUUGGCCAAAGAGGUUGUAAAAAAAUGCUUUUAAAUGGCUCUGGCGAUCCCAGCUGAGUUGCCUGAUCGUCAGAGGAGCCUUUUAUUUUUUUUAUUUUUAAAAUUUUUUAUUUCUAUUUUCCAACAUCAUAUUUAUGUACAAACUAUUAUCCAUCAUUAAUCAUUAAUUUUUAUUUAUUACUGAUUCAGGCCUGCCCGACUGCCACUCCCUUUCUUCACAACCUCCCUCUACCCUCUACUACUUUCCCCUCCUUCAUCUCCUUCACUUUACUACUUCCUCUCCUCCUUCUCCACUCCUCCCUUCUUCCACCCUAUCUAACCUUCUUAUUCCCCUCCUCCUUCUCAACUCUUUCCUACCUACUUUCUUCCCUCCUUCUACUCCUCUCUCCUUUUCUUUCUGAAAUGGCAGUCGAGCAGCCCCAAUAUCAUUUUAAAUUUUAAUUUCAUAUCUUCAAACAUUACUGUACAUUAAUAACCAA